UUACAGUAGACUGUCAGAGCUGGAACCCAGAAUGUAAGAAUGUGGAGGAACCUUAGAACAGAUUGUCGGAGCAUGAAGGAGCCUCCCAAGACUGAACAUUAGCCCCAGAAGGGACCUCCGAACACAGACAAUCAGACCUGAGAGGUAUCUUCGAACAUGGAUUGUUAGAGAGUAAAAACAGAGAGUGUAUAGAAAGAACCUUAGAACAUAGAUGGGGCCACAGAACGUAGGAUGCCAGAAUUUGUGACUCACACUAUGAUUUUAGAACAUAGAACAUCAUGAAAACAAUUGGCAUUAAUUCCGUUUAAUAGACAGAGGAGCCUCUUAGGUACCAGGGAUUCAUAUGCAGCUUAAAACCACACUAAAACUUUGGGGAUACCCUUUGCUUCCUAAAAAUUCCGUGACUCGAACACUACCGGCAUUCUACUCUCAUCCUUCUUUUUAGCGGCAGGCACGCAGUCUACUUCAGUCACUCAGCCUUUUAAUAGAGAUUGCCUAGUCCAGCCAUCUCAUUUUCCAGAAAAGGAAGUUGAGGCCCAGGAGAGGAGCCAUGAUUUGCCUCCUUGAGUGGAGUGAGUGAAAUGUGCUGUUGGCGGGCAUAGUAUCUGAAGGGAGAAGCCAUUCUCUGGGAGAGGAUUCUCAAUGAGCCUGCCCAAGACACUGGAUCUGUGUGAAGAGGACUAAGGAUAUAAUAGGAUGUCAACGGAGACAGACCUGCAAGUGGCUGUUAAAUCCAGCACCAAGAGAGACUCCAGAAAGAAAGGUCAGGAUCGCAGUGAAGCCACUUUGAUAAAGAGAUUCAAAGGCGAAGGCGUCCGAUACAAGGCCAAGCUGAUUGGCAUUGAUGAGGUUUCUGCCGCCCGGGGAGACAAGUUAUGUCAAGAUUCCAUGAUGAAGCUCAAGGGAGUUGUCGCUGGAGCCCGUUCCAAAGGCGAACACAAACAGAAAAUCUUUUUAACCAUCUCCUUUGGAGGAAUCAAAAUCUUUGAUGAAAAGACAGGAGCACUCCAACAUCACCAUGCUGUGCAUGAAAUUUCCUACAUCGCAAAGGAUAUCACAGACCACCGAGCCUUUGGAUAUGUCUGUGGGAAAGAAGGAAACCACAGAUUUGUGGCCAUCAAAACAGCCCAGGCAGCCGAACCCGUGAUCCUGGACCUGCGUGAUCUCUUUCAACUCAUUUAUGAAUUGAAACAGAGAGAAGAGCUGGAGAAGAAGGCGCAGAAGGAUAAACAGUGCGAACAGGCAGUAUACCAGACAAUUUUGGAGGAGGAUGUAGAAGAUCCCGUGUACCAGUACAUUGUGUUUGAGGCUGGACAUGACCCAAUCCGUGAGCCUGAAACAGAAGAGAACAUUUACCAGGUAUCGUCUUACUUACAUUGUUGCAGAGCCCAGACUUCGAGCACUUGGAGUCCUGUGGGGAAGGGGUAUCUCUCCCUUUAUAGGGGAGUUUAUGAUGUGCCAAAAAGUCAGCCUGUGAGUAAUGGUCACUCCUUUGAUGACUUUGAGGAGCGCUUUGCAGCAGCCAUACCGAACCGAAACUCAAUGGUGGACUUUGACGAGUGUUACAGGGUCGAAAAUCAGGCUGUGACCCAGUUAGAGCUUUUUGGGGACAUGUCCACCCCUCCAGAUAUAACCUCUCCCCCAACUCCUGCCACUCCAGGUGAUGCCUUUAUCCCGUCUUCAUCUCAGACACUCCCCUCUAGUGCAGAACUGUUUGGUCCUGUACCUUUCAGCAGUACUGCUGUACCCUCAGGUUACGUUGCCAUGGGCGCUGUCCUUCCCUCAUUCUGGGGGCAGCAGCCCCUUGUUCAACAGCAAAUCGCCAUGGGUGCUCCGCCGCCAGUGGCUCAGGUGAUGCCAGGGGGUCAGCCAAUAGCAUGGGGCCAGCCAGGCAUCUUCCCUGCCCCCCAGCAGCCAUGGCCAUCUGUAGCUGGUCAGUUCCCGCCCACCGCCUUCAUGCCAACACAAACUGUGAUGCCUUUACCGGCUGCCAUGUUUCAAGGUGCCCUCGCUCCCCUCGCUGCCAUCCCUACCACCAGCGAUUCCACCCGAUCGAGUCCCCAGACAGACAGGCCCCGGCAGAAAAUGGGAAAAGAAAUGUUUAAAGAUUUCCAGAUGGUCCCACCUCCCCCGGUGCCCUCCCGGAAACCUGACCAGCCUUCCCUCAGUUGUACCUCAGAGGCCUUCUCCAGUUACUUCAACAAAGUCGGGGUGGCACAGGAUACAGAUGACUGUGAUGACUUUGACAUCUCACAACUGAACUUGACCCCCGUGACUUCAACAACACCAUCGACAAACUCACCUCCAACCCCAGCACCCAGGCAAAGUUCUCCAUCUAAAUCAUCAGCAUCCCAUGCAUCCCAUGCCAGUGACCCCACCACGGAUGACAUCUUUGAAGAGGGCUUUGAAAGCCCCAGCAAAAGUGAAGAACAAGAAGCUCCUGAUGGGUCUCAGGCCUCAUCCAGCAGUGAUCCAUUUGGUGAGCCCAGUGGUGGGGACCCCAGUGGUGAUAAUAUAAGUCCAGAGGUCGGUAGCUAGAUAGCGCAGGUUGGGGAGUCUGAAUCCCUUUACGCGCAGAUCAACAGACCUAAGAAAUAGCAUCAUUGCGGGUUUGGGGUGGGCGCUGCAAGACUGAAAUGGAACCCUACAUCAUGACAGGCCUUGGGCUCUCCUGCUUUCUUUGACAUGACCC